AUGUCAUCAAGUGUUACUUUGCCCGCUGAUUUUUCGAACAAAAAUCUGGUAUGGAUUCCAAAUGAAAAACUUGCAUUGUCACUCGCUUUAGUAUGCGGGGAGCCUGAUUCAGUUGGAUGGGUAGAUGUUGAAUCGAUUGAAACCGGAGAACGCCUACGAAUUUCAACCGAUGAUUGCCAAAAAUCGAAUACCGCGGAAUAUGAGAAUUGCGAAAAUAUGACAAUUUUUCCAUGCUUGAACGAGCCUUCUAUUUUGAAGAACUUGAAGCAUCGUUUUGUAUCUAAUGUAUUUUAUGUAAGUUUCACAUUUCGUAUUCGGUCAAAUUUAUUCAAUGUUUUUAAUUUUCAGACAUAUUCUGGCCAGACUUGUAUUUUCAUCAAUCCAUAUAAACAUAUUCCGAUUUACACGGACUCUAUUUCGAAAGACUAUCAAGGAAAAAAACGAAAGGAGAUGCCACCUCAUAUAUUUGCGAUUGCUGAUGAAGCUUAUAGAAAAAUGAUUUACGAAGGAAAAGGUCAAACGAUUUUAUGUACCGGAGAAUCUGGAGCAGGAAAAACGGAAAAUUCGAAAAAGAUCAUAAAACAUCUUGUUUAUGUUGCCGGAAAUCGAUCUGGUGUCGAUUCUUCAUCUACAGUAGAACAAAAUAGAAUUUUUAUGGAUACAUUGGAGAAUAGAUUAAUUCACGUCAACCCCAUUCUAGAAGCUUUUGGAAAUUCCAAAACUUCGAAAAAUUAUAAUUCCAGUCGCUUCGUAAGUUUGAAAAUAUAAAAGGUGUGGUAAUUAUACUUUUUUUCAGGGAAAGUUCGUCAAAAUCCAUUUUGACAAAAAUGGUCUUAUUCUUGGAGCGAGCAUUGAGACGUUUUUACUGGAAUCAAGUAGAAUAACAAAUCAAGAACAAGAUGAUCGGACAUUUCACAUUUUUUACCAGAUGAUUCAAGGGUUGUCAAAGUCACAACGCGAUGUUUUAUUUAUCAAAGAUAAAGCGGUUGAUUAUGAAUUCUUGAAAAAUGGCUGUGAUAAGAUUCCUUGCGUGAACGAUGCUGAUGAAUACCGUCAAACACUUCAAGCAAUGUUGAUGAUGGGAUUGAAUGAUGAACAAAUAAAUCAAAUACAUCGAAUUGCUUCAGCUAUUCUACUUUUUGGUGAUUUGAAUUUUUCGCAAGUUAACAAAGACGAUGAUCAAGCUGCGUUGGUCAACAAAAAUGUUGCUGAUCAAAUCGCUGACUUACUUGGAGUCGAUGCACAAAAGCUCAUCGAAUCGAUUUUGAAACCAAAGAUCGAAGUUCAAGGAUCUUCCACACAUCGCUCCCAAACCAUUGAUCAAACUUAA